UGCGCAGCUGUCGUUGGAUGCUGAAUUUAGUAAGCGUGUGCGUUUUGCGUAGGAGAGCUGUGGUCGCGACUUCAUUCCAUGUGAGCACGCACUACUCAUUCUGAGUUAGUUGUGUUUUGUUUCUUGGGAGUGCCACAGCUUGGACUGUUCUCGACUGUUAACACCAACCUGACAAGCGGCAAAAUGCACGACACAAUACGCAAUCAGUUUGAACAAGACGGCUACGUAGUGCUAGAAGACUUCCUACGGCCAGCGGAAUGCGACGAGAUCAAAGCUGCAGGCAUAGAGCUCGCCAAAAAUGUACCUGAGACGGAGCAAAAGACUGUUUUCGCUACCACCAAUGAACAAGACAUACAGCGCACCAAAGAUGACUACUUCAUGAAUAGCAACGACAAAAUCAGAUAUUUCUACGAAGAAAGAGCGAUCGGAGACGAUGGGAAGUUAAAAGUGGACCCUGCAGAAGCAUUAAAUAAGGUUGGCCACGCCCUUCACCUCCUACACCCGAUCUUCAGGUGCUACACCUACAGCGACCGAGUGAAGGCUGUCUGCCACCAGCUCGGCUUCAAGGAACCGGCGGUGGUGCAGAGCAUGUACAUCUAUAAGAACCCACGGAUCGGAGGCGAAGUUGUUCCACACCAAGAUGCUACGUACUUAUUUACGGAACCCAUUCCGCCUCUUGGUUUCUGGAUCGCUAUCGACGACGCGACGAUCCAGAACGGGUGCCUCUGGAUGGCGCCAGGGUCCCACAAGUCGGGGGUCCAUAGACGCCUCACGCGGAACCCUGACAAGGAACCCGCGUUCAUCUACGACCGGCCGGCGGCUGUGUACCCAGAAUCCAGCUUCACGCCGGUGCCUGUGAGCAAAGGUACCUGCAUCCUCAUCCAUGGUAACGUUGUCCACAAGAGCGCCCACAACAAGUCGCCCAACAGCCGCCACGGGUACACCUUCCACGUGGUAGAGAAGAAGGACAACAACUACUCUCCAGAGAACUGGCUGCAAGAGGGAGAGGGAGCUCCCUUCUUGAACCUCUAUACCACUCCUCAGAUGGUCUAAGGCGGUAGCAUGUCAAAAACAAUAUAAUUAAUAGACUUAAGUACAAUGUUGCCACAUUUCGACUGUAAUUCGACUCCAUCGUUGCUGUGAUUUUAGAUACUCUUGAAGUUGGAAAUAAGGAUAAUUAAACUCCCAAUUCCUUGUCACUACCCGGAAAAUCCAAAUCGAAUGUACUGCCUUUUACUUGAAAGAAAGAUAUCGGCCUGAAAGCUUAAAUUUUUUAAUAAUGAAUGGCUUUAUAACAUGAGCAGUAAGCUCGAAAAAGUAUUUUCAGACACAUAUUCGAAGCAUUUUUGCUGUAAAAUUCAGAAUAUAAACUUGUACAAAAUAAAGUAAGUACCUGCUCUUAGUGUGGUUACCACAGUAGCAGCCAUAAAUAACUUUCAAUUAUUUCUAUAUUUAUACAUCUCAAAUACAACUGUAUAACAGCUAUUUUCCCUGACGCCGAACAAAAGCAUUUUCCUUUUAUACAAAAGCACUUCCUUAUAAUUACACCGGCCUGCCUAUUAAUUGAAAAACCAGUUAUUAUAACAGUGUUACGUGAAACCGUUAAUUUAGAAAUAAUUGCCCAACAAUAGCUCGCAUGUUUUAAUUUUGUUUUUAAGCAAUUUAUAUUUUUGUAUGCCAAAUCUAUUUUUGAUAAAUAUUAUACCAUGUUGACGGCUUGGUGUUUUUUGUGAUAAUUACAUUUAAUAAAUGUUAAACUGGAA